AUGCAGCAAAUUUCUUCACCGUCAAGAAAAUCCUUUGACAAUGUUAAUGAAAGCAACCAUAAAUCAAUAGAUGGACAGGUAGAUAAUCAAUACUAUAUUGAUAUAAAUGAAGAACAAGAACAUCAAAACGAAAAUAACUUAUUUUCAAUUUAUAAUGAUGCUGAUGAAGGAGAUGAAGUAGAUGAAGCUUCUGUUGAUGAUGAAUCAUCCAUUGGUAAAGAUGAAUAUGAGGAAUCACACAAUAAACAAUCCUGGAAAACAAUUUUACUUCUUUCAUUUCUGUCAUUAGGUUCAAUUUAUGGUGAUUUGGGUACUUCUCCAUUAUAUGUUUUGAAUUCGAUUAAUUAUUCACAGUAUCCCCCAAACAAAGAUGAUAUUUAUGGUGCAGUUUCAAUCAUUUUUUAUGUGUUUACUUUCAUUGUUAUUUUCAAAUACGUAUUAAUUGUAUUGUUUGUUGGUGUCAACUGUAACCAUGGUGGCCAAGUGGCAAUCUUUACAAAAAUUGCUAGACAUUUAGGAAUUGGUCCAAAGGGAGUUACUUUACCUGGUGCUGCAGAAAAAUCGGAUUUACAAUUGUUAACUAGACAAGAUACUACUACUUCUUCAAUCAAGUCAAUGCAAACUAGAGUUGAACAAAUUAAGCAACAUCCUAGAUUACUUUCUUUUGUACAGUAUUUCAUAUUAGGGGGCUGCUUUCUUGGUAGUUCUUUAGUUAGGUCAGAUGGGUUGUUAACUCCUACAACAUCUGUAUUGAGUGCAAUUGGAGGUAUUCAAGUUGCUAUUCCUUCAUUUAAAUACGUCUUGGAAAUUUCUGAAGUUAUCUUGAUAGUAUUAUUUGUAGCCCAACAAUUUGGUGCUAGUAAAAUAUCAUUCACAUUUGCUCCAAUAAUUUUUCUUUGGAUGAUUGGAUUACUACUUUGUGGUAUUUAUAACAUUGCUAAACACCAUCCAGGUAUAUUUGCUGCCUUGUCACCUUAUUAUGCUAUUAAGUUGUUGAAGAGUGGUUCAAUUGAUGUAUUUGCUGGUGUAAUGUUAUCCAUUACCGGUACUGAAGCUCUAUUUAGUGAUGUUUCAUUGGUUGGUAGAUUACCCAUUCAAUUGACAAUGUGUUGCUUCAUAUAUCCUUCAUUAAUGUUAUGUUACCUUGGUCAAGCUGCAUAUUUGGUCAAACAUCCUGACGCAUAUACUAAUCCAUUUUUCCUUUCUUUGCCUGGUGGUAAUGGGAUUUAUUGGACAAUGUUUGUUUUAGCAACAUUAGCUACCAUUAUUGCUUCGCAAGCAUUGAUCCUACUGGUUUUUUCAAUUUCUUCCCAAUUGAUCAAUUUGGAUUGUUUUCCUAAAUUAAGAAUAAUUUACUUAUCUUCUCAUCAAAAGGGUGAAGUUUAUAUCCCAGUCAUGAAUUGGCUAUUAAUGAUUGGUGUCGUCUGUACUACUGCCGGUUUCAAAACUAGUGAUAAUGUGACAGCCGCUUAUGGAUUGGGUAUUUCAAUGGAUUUUCUAGUAACUUCCCUGUUAAUUAUCAUCUGUAUGUUUUAUGUUUACAAUACCAAUAUCAUUUGGCCAUUGUUAUUCUUGUUGAUAUUUGUACCAUUGGAAAUAUGUAUGGUUGUGGCAAAUAUGAAAAAAGUCCCACAUGGUGCAUGGUUCCCUAUUAUGAUGGCAGGAAUAUUCUUCACUUUCUUGUGUACUUGGAGGUGGGCAAGGAAUAAAAAACUCGAUCAAGAAUUUGCACAAAGAAUCAAAAUUGGUGAUUUGUUCCCAUAUUUUAGUGCGAGAUCAAUAACAGUUAAUCUUAAUCCAUUACAUGUUAACUCCGGUGAAAGUGAUGUCAUUGGAUCAUCUAUAUAUACUAAAGAUGAUGUUAUCACGAAAUUUGGUACAUUACCAUUAGCUAGGCACCAAGGAUUAGGAUUCUUAUAUGUGGAUUCAAUAUUGACAAAUUCACCAAACACAUUACCACACUUGUAUAAGAAAUUGGUAACUUCAUUUGUUUCCCUUCCUUCAGAAUUUGUAUUUGUUGGUAUAAGAGUAUUAUCUAUUCCAUAUGUUGAUUCAGAUGAAAGAGUUUUAUUGGCACCUAUGAAAAUAUCUGGUCAUUAUAAAUGUGUUUUAAGAUUUGGCUUUAUGGAACACGUUGAAAUUGAUAAUGAAUUGGGACUUUCCAUAAUGAGUCGACUCCCAAGUUUAAGCAUGAAGACUCCCGAACAGUUGAGUAACUAUCCUGUUAUUCAUUUUUUGGAGAAUGACUUAAUUAGAUGUCAUGAGUAUCGUUCAAAUAAGAGGGGCUAUUGGAAAAGUUUUAGAUACUUCAUUCGAAAAGUUGUCAUCAAUUAUAUCUAUAGUCCAAUUUAUUCUUUAACUCAAGAAUACGGUCAAUUCAUUAACACCGAAACAGAGAAAGAAGAACGUGAAAACAAGAUAUAUCUAGGUGGGAUUGCAAGGAUAUAA